CGCGGUGUAGGGGGCAGGCGCGGAUCCCGCCAGCGCCGCGCGCUCGGCCGCCGCCUCCCGCCUCCUGCUUCCCGCCCGCCGUCGGCCUCCUGCCCGCUCGAGCGCGCCUGCCUGCGGCGAACACAACUUCGGGUCUGAGUUCGGAGCCCAAGCACUGCGCCAUGCCAAGGGAAAGGAAGGAGAGAGAUGCGAAGGACCACGGCAGCAUGAAAGAAGAGGGUGGCCCUGACCUCUCGGUCCGCUCCAGAAAAAGGAAGGCGAAUGUGGCCGUUUUUUUGCAAGAUCCAGAUGAAGAAAUUGCCAAGAUUGACAAGACUGUGAAAAGCCAGGAUAGCAGUCAGCCUUGGGAUGAUAAUUCAUCAGCAUGCGUGGACCCCUGUUCUUUCAUCCCCACCCCUAACAAAGAAGAGGACGAUGAUCUUGAGUACCCCAAGACUGCAUUUCAGCCUCGGAAAAUCAGACCACCCAGAGCCUCCCCACUUCCAGUCUUGAACUGGGGUAAUAGAGAAGAGGUUUGGAGGAUCAUGUUAAACAAGGAAAAGACUUACCUAAGAGAUGAGCACUUUCUGCAGCGCCAUCCUCUCCUGCAGGCAAGGAUGCGAGCAGUUCUUCUGGAUUGGCUAAUGGAGGUGUGCGAAGUCUAUAAGCUUCACAGGGAGACGUUCUACUUGGCGCAGGACUUCUUUGAUCGUUACAUGGCGUCACAACAGAAUAUCAUAAAAACACUUUUACAGCUUAUUGGGAUUUCAGCCUUAUUUAUUGCUUCUAAACUUGAGGCCCUUAAGUGGCGUUUAAGCCCUAUGACCAUCGUGUCCUGGCUGAAUGUUUAUGUCCAAGUGGCAUAUGUCAAUGAUACGAAUGAAGUGCUGAUGCCUCAAUACCCACAGCAGGUCUUUGUGCAGAUUGCAGAGCUUUUAGAUCUGUGUGUCCUGGAUGUUGGCUGCUUAGAAUUUCCUUAUGGUGUCCUUGCUGCUUCUGCCUUGUACCAUUUCUCCUCAUCAGAACUGAUGCAGAAGGUCUCAGGAUAUCAGUGGUGCGACAUAGAGAAGUGUGUCAAGUGGAUGGUUCCGUUUGCCAUGGUCAUCCGGGAGAUGGGAAGUUCUAAGCUCAAGCACUUCCGGGGAGUUCCCAUGGAAGACUCUCACAACAUCCAGACCCACACCAAUAGCUUGGAUUUGCUGGACAAAGCCCAAGCAAAGAAAGCCAUAUUGUCAGAACAAAACAGGAUUUCUCCUCCUCCCAGUGGGGUCUUGACACCCCCACAAAGCAGUAAGAAGCAGAGCAGUGAGCAGGAGACAGAAUGACCAAACCUGCCAUCGCCUCCAAAGACAGUGGUGUGGAAGCAGCUGCCUGGAGCUCCUUGUGCUGCCUUGGAGGUCGGAGCCCCUGCGGAAAAGUGUGCACCUCUUCCAAAGCAGCAGGGGUCUACACAGUGGCCUCAGACAGAAGUGCUUUUAUUGAAUGCUAGGCAUUUUAACAAUAGGGUCAGGUACACCAGCCACCUCCAGAACACCACUGAGUGCUCCAGAAGCUGCUAAGGAGGGUGCUACUUGACUCACUGGACUCUUCACACAUGACAAAAGCUUGAAAUUAAGGAGGCCGCGGCCGUUUAUGGCCUCUACUCUGGUGUUCUGGGUUGCUGUUGUGUUGGGUGGGACAGGAAGUUGUGAGCAAGCAUGGGAUGCAGAGCCCACAACCCGGACUAGCCGCCCCUUUCCACUGUCAGCUGACAGCAUGUCCUGCCUUUUAUGAACUCUUGUAAGUGCUGCUAUGUCUAUCAAUUUUUAAUAAAGAUAAUAUC